AUGUCGUUUCAGUGCGAUGCAGGCUUAGGCUUAAAGCUAUUGUACGACCAAGUUACUACUGGAACAACUAAGUUGGCAGUAUUUGGCUCAUCUUGCUCCGUCGUAACUCAGCAGAUGGCACGAAUUACACCCUAUUAUAACCUGAUUCAGCUCUCCUAUCUAUCUUCGUCCCCUACGUUAAAUUCAAGAGACGAUUAUUCAACAUUAUACCGUACCUACCCGUCAGAGACUUCUAUUAGCUUGGCUAGAUUAGAGCUUUGUAGAAGAUACAAUUGGAAAAAGAUUGCAAUUAUAUCAGAAUCUCUACAUGUUUGCUCAAAGACGGCUCAAAUCAUGAGUCAACUUGCAAAGGCCAAAAAAUUGGAAAUUCUAGCCAUCACAGAAUUUGGUGAUCGUGAAGACCCGCUUCAAGCGUUAAAAAUUAUUAAAAAAAUGAAAGCUAGAAUCAUCAUGGGAGGAUUUACAUCAACUUCAGCCUUAAAAGUAUUCUGUCGUGCCUACCAUUUAAACUUAACAACACCAAAGUAUGUCUGGAUGAUUAAGGGUUGGUUUAAUAGUAAUUGGUGGAAGCUAGAUCAAGAAAAUAUUACAGUUGGUAAUGUAAGCUGUACUCAAGCCCAAAUUAACCAAGCUAUAGAUGGUUACUUCUCAAAUGAUGGCCUUCAAAUCUAUGAUCAACCACUUGACACAGUCUCAGGCUUAACUCCUCAGGAAUGGAAUAAACUUUAUAAUCAAGAAAUGGCUCAGAAGCCGCUGAAACACGCCAUUGACGACUAUGGCUCAUUCGCCUAUGAUGGCAUUUGGAGUCUGGCACUGAUGCUAGAUCGGUCUAUUAGUUAUCUAAAACGUCAAAAUUUAACCUUGGAAGGAUUUCGUUAUAAAAGCAAUCAAUCUAUAGUAUAUCGAAAUACCUUCCAGAAUAUUUUAGAUCAUUUAAAAUUUAAAGGUAUUACGGGCCCAGUGAGUUUUCAUGAUGGCGAUCGCUUAGGAAAAAUCACUAUAAAACGCUUCAUCAAUCAACGCAACGUUAUAAUCGGUCAGUUUGAUGAUAAGACAUCAAAUACUACUUGGAAUAACUCUACCGAUAUUGACUGGAAAACGCAAGGUAAUUCCGUUCCCACUGACUGGCGAACUAUCACCAUUACCAACUUAAAUGUUUCUGAAAUGGUCUACAUGAUCGUCAUGAUUCAUGUGGGAUUAGUCUUCGCUACUUCCUGCAUCUUAAUGGCUAUUUAUUUCUACUAUCGCAAAGAGCCCCCUAUUGCAACUUCAAAUAUCAUAUUAGACCUAUUUAUGGGAUUCGGAACUCUACUUUGUCUCUCGUAUGUUGGAUUUCUUUGCCUAGAAAAUGGAAUUGUUGACCCCAAUAAUAAGAUUUUAGCUUUUCUGUGCACGUUUCGGAGUUGGCUAUUGGCAGUCGGCUUUUCAAUUACUUUAGGUUGCAUAUUUGCGAAUAGCUGGAGUACAUAUAGAUCACUUUCAGGCCGAUCUUACAGAUUGAGAAAAAUUAAAAAGAGCCAUAGCUAUGGCAUUGCCAUGUCUAUCUUUAUUUUUAAUAUCAUUUUAUGUUCGCUACGAGCUACCGUUGAUCAAGUAGAAAUUUUUAAUGAUACAAUAUGGAGUCAGAGACAAAUUCAAAGCGAUGGUGAUAUAUUUGUUCUACAAGUCAGAAUAUGCCGUUUCAGUAAAUAUAUUGUAUGGGAUGCGGUCAUCUUUGGUAUUAACGGAAUUAUUCUACUUUUUGGAGCAAUCACAGCUUGGCAAGCCCAACGUAUCGAUAUUACUAAUUCUAACUAUGUUCGAUAUUUAGCUAUUACCGCCUACAAUUUAAUAAUUUCAACUAGUGUUGCUGUUACCAUGAGCAUUGUCAUCGUAGAACGGCCAACUGUUCGAUUUGUUCUGAUUAGCUUUUUCAUCAUAUUAUCAUCUCUAUCAACAAACUGCUUGACAUACUUACCUAAGAUUCACCAAAUGGUUAAAGACAGGAAGGGAAUUCGAAGAAAGUCAUUUCUAAUUACCACUGGAAGGUCGAAAACAUUAUCGAUGGUAGAUGAACAUGCUGAAUUUAAUUUAUAUAACGUUGAAACUCGGAAGCAACAAUUACUUUCAAAGUUAGAGAACGAAAUCAAAGAUUUAACAACAAAAAUUACGGAAAAAGAUGCUGUAAUUGAGAGAAUAUCAAAAUAUAUCAACGAUUUUAUGAAGAAAUACGUUGGAGAAGAAAUAAAUUUAGACCCAAGCUCAAUUACUGAGGGUGAUGAAAGCAAAGAUAUUUCAUUACUGCGAGAAGCUGGAUUAAUAGCUCUGUAA